UAGUGAAAGGUGAGGAGUUGAACUCUGGGCUCUGAAUAGACACAAAGGACCUCUCCUAGGCUACCAUCAGCAGGAGGUGAGCAAAGAAUGGGUAGCCAGAGUUCAGGGGCGUAGCACCUUGAAAAGAUAUGAUAGAAACUCUUGAGGAAAUAAUUAAAAAGCAAUGUCAUGUGUCUGUUUAAAGUGCGAUUGUAAGCUUUUCUAGGGACUGUGCUUGCCUUGAGAGCUGUGCAGUGCUUGGCACAGUAGGACGUCCACCAAACACGAAGUCUAGUCCUCUGCCUGCCCACAUAGCGUGGCUGAUGAUAUGCAACUUUUCGGGUGACCAGCGUGUUCCUCCCUUCUGAAACGCUGCAAGAGGAGUGCUUCCAAGAGGCUUGGUGGCAUCAUAAAGAUGAAAAGCGACUCUGGACAUUCCACCAUGGCUGAGCAGCAGAAACAGGAGGAGAAGCUCUGCCAUGCCUUGAAGAUCACUGCCCGUGUCCUUGGUACAGGCCUGAUCGUGUUCACUGCCUUAGCAAACUCUGUUUCUUGGUACGCGGAGGGUAUCUGGGACACCUUAGGCCAUUUCUGGCAAACAAAAUGGCUAGAGUUGUACUAUCUGUUUGAGGGAGACGAAUGGACAAUCUUCCUCCUUGGGGCUGCACUGGUGCCUGCCCUUGCUUUCUGGUGCUUCAAUGGAAUCCUUAUGGUGGCUGAUGUAACAGGAAAGCCAGCUUUUAUUACUCGCUAUCGCAUUCAGCUGGGCAAGAAUGAUCCUGUGGACACAAAGAAAUUGUGCCAAGCCAUCUGUGUAGCGCUGUUUAAUCAGUUCUUUAUCUCCUUGCCCAUGCUUGUGCCCAUGUUCUCCGUUAUGAAAUGGUGGGGUAACACCUUCAGCAAGGAAUUACCCACCUUCCACUGGUUUCUUGUGGAGCUAAGCAUUUUCACCAUAAUAGAGGAAAUUCUUUUUUAUUAUACACACAGGCUGGUUCACCUCCCACUCCUGUAUAAGCACAUUCACAAGAAGCACCACGAAUGGACAGCCCCCAUCGGCGUGGUCUCCAUUUACGCUCACCCAGUAGAGCACAUACUCUCCAACACGCUGCCCGUCAUGACUGGCCCGAUGGUCAUGGGGUCUCACAUCGUUUCCAUCGCAGUGUGGUUCUCCCUUGCUCUCAUAACAACCAGCAUCUCUCACUGUGGGUACCACCUGCCCUUCCUCCCGUCCCCGGAGUUCCACGACUUCCACCACCUCAAGUUCAACCAGUGCUACGGAGUCCUGGGGGUGCUGGAUUACCUGCACGGGACGGACAGAACCUUCAGACAAACCAAAGCCUACGAGAGACACAGGGUCCUCCUCAGCUUCACGCCGCUCUCGGAGAGCAUCCCCGAGGUGCCCAAGCGGGCAGAGUGAGCCCAACAACCUGUCCUUCUUAUAGCCCAACAAGUGAUGAGCAAAACGAGCCACAAUUAUUUAAGCCAAAUAGUAUUUUAAUUGGGAAAGAAGUUAUUGAUCACGCGUAACGAAACCCAAAGCCAAACUUUAAACAUGCUACUUGAAAUGACUGCA